UUUGAGGUGGCAUUCUGCGAGCCUGUCCAUAUUAAGGUAGUAAGUGUGUGCAGUAAAUUUUUUAUGCAUUGCUUUUCAGGAGUUGAAGGUUUCACAGGCCUUCCAGCAAAUUUAAAAAAGAAAUACAUCCAACCCAGCAAAGCGGAGUUUAUCCUGUUGCACAAAAAAAAUGUCUAGCUGUUCCAGUGACAACGGCGUGAUAAGAACACGGAUACCUGGUUAUGAAGAUGAUAAUACUAUCCUUUAUGCAUUUGAACCAAACAAUGCAAAUGCCAAUAAGCAGGAAAAUGGUGUCUCUGACAAAUCCUACAACGAAGAGCAGCAAAAAUCUAUUCAGGAUAUUCUUACUCAUUGCCAGGUCAUAUGUGACGCUAUUCAAAAACUGGAUAAGAAGUUUGAUGUGAUUCAUGGAAAAGUUUCAAAAAUUCACCGUUUUCAUGCAAAAAUAUUGUGGCAGAAUCGUAAGCCACUUGGAUAUACACACAGAAAUUAUAGCUACCUACUUACUAAGAAACUCAAAUACCAGAAAAUGAGGAAAAAGGGGCCUCCUGCUGUAUUCAACUACCCUGAAAGUUAUAGCCCAACUUUACCAGUAGAAAGGCAGGAAAGUAAUUCCCAGCCCAACUGUGAAGGAGCACCUUUUCAGUCAGAAGCACCCACUGAAGUAGAGCAGCCAGUCUACGAGGAGCAGGAUCGGGGCCUCAUCCGGAGUCCACCGGCUCCCUCUGUCUUCUCCACACGGUCUUAUCAGUCAUAUUACACACCAGAAGACGCAGUGCCUGGUCCUUCAGUAAUGCCCUGCUUUUCUAGCCCAAAGGUGCCCAGUACCAGCAGUAUCUUCUCACCUUCAAGACCUGCUGUUGCGAUACCUGCCUCGAUGCUGGCCCAGGGAGAGCCCAGCACACGGAGGAACCCUGAGGUGAUGGGUUACCCAGGUAUACUGGAGAAUAAGAAUGUUGGCCAGCGUAGCCUGUGCAUCCCUUCUGGUUUUGUUACAAGUUCACCAAUAGGAUCUGACUUCAGUGGCCGGAAACAAAACUACUUCAGGGAUCCUUCAGGCUGGUCUGUGGACGAUGUGAUACAGUUUGUGAGACAAAUAGAUCCUCAGACAUCAAUGGCCAUCAUCGAGGUCUUCAGACAACAUGACAUUGACGGGAAGGCUCUGCUGCUUCUGAAGAGUGACACGAUGAUGAAGUACAUGGGGCUGAAGCUGGGAACAGCUGUGAAGCUUAGCCACUACAUUGAACGACUUAAGCAAGACAAUUACCUCAGCAGCUAAAAAACUGUGUAAAUGUAGAUUGGACUUGUUUUAGGGGGACCGGUGCAUUCUUGGUUAAAAGUCUUUUGCUGCCUAAGCAAUUUUUGUUUUGUUGAAGGUUCCUUUAAUAUGUUAUAUCUAGAAUUUUUGUAGAACUAUAUUACAGUCCAGUCUACUUCCUUAAAAACCAUUUAGCCUGUUAGUAUUGAAACAUUCAAAUUGGCAGUUCGUUCUUUGUGUCUUUUUAUUAUUUUAAUUCUUCGGUUUACAAAUAUACUUUAUACAAGAAACACAAAACCCGCUGAUUUUGGUUAAUCUUUAUAUAUAGAUCCAAAACAGCUAAAUCCCAAAAGGGAAAUGUUAGCUAUUGAAAACUUCUGUAAUUCAAUCCAUAAGAUUUUUUCCUUAGAAGAAAAUUUAAAGGUACGACUAUAGAUAUCAUCUCUUCCUCAAAUAGUU